UUCUACACUCAUUCUGUCAAAUCUGGAUACACUGAUCACAUUAAUACUGUCACCAACAUAUCAACAAAAAUUUGAAACUUUGAGUAAUUCGAAUUUAUCUAAAUUUUCCAAAAUAUUUAUUCAAUUGCGCAGUAAAUAUUAUUGAUCCUAGCGAAAUGGAGUCCGUUUUACAGCAAAAAAUGAUCGACGCGACGCAUUGCGUCGAAAAGCAAUUGGACACCGAAUUAGAAAAAUUGGACAAUUUGGAUAUCGGCGAUAUCGAAAAACUGCGUGAAAAUCGCCUGAAACAGUUGAAAACACUUCAACAACAGAAGCAAAACUGGCUGUCCUUGGGCCAUGGAGAAUAUUCUGAGGUGUAUGAUGAAAAAGAAUUUUUCGAAGUGUCGAAAAAGUCAGAAAAUAUAGUCUGUCUGUUUUACAAAGACGAUUCGCCAAGAUGCAAAAUAGCGGAUCAUCAUCUAAAAAUUCUUGCGAAAAAACACGUGGAAGCAAAGUUUUGCAAACUAAACGUCCACCGAUGUCCAUUUUUAACUGAACGUCUGAAAAUCAAAAUUAUUCCAACAAUCGCUCUGAUUUUAAACAGCAAGACCACAGACUAUAUCGUGGGAUUCACUGACUUGGGAAAUCGUGAUGACUUUUCUACGGAAACCUUAGAAUACAGAAUUUCCCUUUCAGGUGUGAUAAAAAUGGACGAUAAUGUUUAUUUAGAAAACAAGAAAACACCAUGGUUGUCGCAGGUUUCGAAACCAAAAACUAUCAGAUCCGCGAGUUCCUUAAAUUCUGAUGAUUCCGACAUUGAGUAAAGAUAUUUUCAACAAUUGUUUGUACAAAUUUGACAUAUUAUUGUUUAAAUUUGUAUUCAAUCGACUAAUCUCGUUUAGAAUUAAAUCUAAGUCCACUUGUAACGAUUUCGAUUUUGAUUAAUAAAAAAAGGGUCACAAUUAUUAA